CAUGAAAAACCCUGAUGCAAUUCUGCAGGUCAUGUUUUUCUCUGCUCAAUUAAGCUCUGAAGAAGAAACUGCUCAAGUUUCCUUUGAAAGUCUGCGACAACAUUUAACUUAUGGCAUUGAACUGCAAAAAAACUUAGGAUUACAGAAUUUUGUGUUAUUGGACCAACUAGAGAAGAUUCCUUUGUCUGAGCAUACUACUCCCGGCAGCGACAUUGCAACCAUUAACAUAGCCUUAAAUGAUCUUGGACUGAGUACAAGAGCAAGACUAUGCAUUCAAGCAGCUGCAGCAUUAGAGGAACGAAAAAGGAUCAACGAGAAAAGUAUAGAAGGGAAGAAAAAGUUUAUGGAAGAAAAGAUGAAUGCACUGGCGAGUUACAGAGAAACACGGGGGCAUCAGAAAAAGGGUUACUAUGAUGCGUUUAAGGAUCAACUAGACGCCCAAGAUUUCCAUGCAAAUGUGUGGAGGCUAGAACUUGCAGGAGUAUGGGAUGAGAUAAUCGAAAAGCUAUUAAAUGAUGAACUGCCAGAUGAAUUUGAAGUGAAUGAAGAAUGGAUUGAUAUAGGAACAACGUUUAGAAGACUAGUUGAGCCUUUGGACAUUGCUAAUUACUAUCGACAUUCGAGGAACAGCAAUGGACGUGCUUAUAUGGAUAAAGGAGGAAGGCCAAAAAGGUAUAGGUAUACACAGAGAUGGUUGGAACAUGCUAAGCCUGAGAGGAGGGGAAGAGAAAAUGUUUAUUCGGAAUCUUGUUUUUGGGCUGAGGUGGAGGAUCUUUGUUAUAAGUCUUCUAAAGAUGAUAAGGAAAAUUUUGAAGAUGUUAAAGAAAAAGUUUUGGAGUUGGAGAAACAGAUGAAAAAGUGGAAUGAGGAUGAUGAAAUUGGUAAGGAUGUGUUUUUGGAGGAUUCUACAUUUGUUAAGUGGUGGAAAAAACUGCCAAUACAGCAAAGGCAAGAAUCAUGCAUUAAGAAUCUUGUUGAAGUGUGAUACUAUAUCAUUGCAGUGGACCUAUUUCUUUAGCAGAGUCACAUAUUUGUCUUGUUUUGUAAUAAACAUAUUACUUGGAUUUAGGUGUAAGGUAGUCAACUUGAAUCUUGCACUUUGUUUGGUUUUGUAAUAAGGAUGAUUUUCUUUUCUA